CCUGCCCUUGUGCUAUGAUCCGGCGCGUGGACACACACACACACACACACACACACACUGCAUCUCUCUGCUCACACACACACACACGGAGAGAGGAGGCGGAGACCUCCAUCUGCCCUGCUCGGUGACCGACCCGUCAUCCUCGGGCUCGGGGAAGAAUCGGAUCAGCUCACCGCCACAUUUCUGCUCCGCUCCGCGGCCGGGCGGGGGAUGAGGAGGCAGCCGGCGGAGACGCGGAGCAGACACCGUGAGAGAAGAAGCGGACAAAAAGGAGGGAAUUUAAACAUGGAAGAAGUGUGUGGUCUAUAUAUAGGCUAUGCCCCGGACUGCACCACCACCGCCGCCGCCGCCACCACCGCUGCUGCCGCCGCCACCUGCCCUCCUGGUACCGGUCAAUGAGAGGCAGCAACAGCUCGGUCUGAACAUCAGAUCCUCCCUCGUUCUCUCUCUCUCUCUCUCUCUCUCUCUCUCUCUCUCUCUCUCUCUCUCUCUCUCCAGCUCCUCCUUCACCUCGAUCUCCCCUUUUUUCUCUCUAUCAUGCUCUCCUCACUUCCAUAUGUUAAAACACAGUCGUCUUAUUUUAGCAGCACUGCCUUCCUCCUCCUCUUCUUCCUCCUCUUCCUUCUCUCUUGCCCUCCUCUCUUCUGAGUUUUGACUCCCUCUCCUUUCACACACACACACGCACACACACGCACACACACACCGGAAAAUGAAGCGUGGGUCGAGUGUGUUGCAGCCUCCCUCUGAUGCAGCCAAACGACACACACACCCUGCAAACACACACACAAAGACACACACCGGCAGUGAUGCUCACUCACUGAGUGUGCCCAACGUGCACGCUGAGCACACGGCCGACGUGCACGCUGAACACACGCCGGACGCACACGCCGCAGGUUCGAGUCCCUUCCCAGCAGCCACCUCUCUCUUCAGCCCCGAUGUCAGCACCAAGAUGGCGUCUGACCUCCUCAUCAGGCUGUCAGCAUGACAGUGUCCACACAGUCAGAUACAGAAAUGGUUUUCUCAGGCGUCACACGUGAGGGAUGAACUCCAACAGGCAGAUUAAUCAACAUGGAGCUGAGUGAUGUUGAGAGGCCACCCAGAAGGCCCAGAUGCUUCCUGGGAGGCAGGCGGAGGCUGAGCCUCAGAGGCGCGAGGCCCUGCCGGAGGUGCGCGGCGGGCAGCAGGAUGAGCCGGGCCUGGCUCUGUCACCGGAUGGACCCGGGGCGAGUCCUGAGCCACCAUCACUCACACACACACCUGAUGGCAACACCACCACGGACACACUGGCCUCAGACAUGCUGAGGAAACUGGCAGAACGUCAGGAAGUGAACAGCCACGUGGUGAGAGUCAAAGAAGAAGAGGAGCCGAUGGAAGUCGACACCUUAGUUGAAUCUGACCUCAUCCACAAUCGACCAAUCACAAAAGAGAUAACUCCACCUCCCUCAAUCGUGAGCCACCAUCUAUUUAGCAUUAAAACAGAAGACCAGGGUAUCAGUGGCACCAAGAUGGCAGAGCAGUUGCACCCUGGAGCCAAAAUGGCAGACCAGUGUCUCCACGGCCUUAAAAUAGAGGAGAAGUUUUAUACAGGAGGCAAGACGCCAAACAGCAUUGUCUCUGGAGGAAACAAGUUUCAGAUUAGAGUCAAAAUGGAGGACCAUGGUAUCUCUGGAACCAAAAUGGCAGACCAGCGUAUAUCUGGAGCCAAGAUGGAGGACCAGCUUCUCUUUAAAGCUAAAAUUGCAGAGCGGCCUUUCACCACAGCCAAGAUGAGCAACACCUUUCUCUCUGGAGCCAAAAUGGAGGACCACUUGUCUUCAGGAGCCAAGAUGGAGAAACAGCUUCUCUUAGGGGCCAAAAUGGAGAAAGGGCUUCUUCCUGGAGCCAAGAUGGAGAACCAGCUUCUCUUUGGAGCCAAAAUGGAGAACAGGCUUCUUCCAGUAACCAAGAUGGAGAGCCAGCAUCACUUUGGAGUCAAAAUGGAAAAUGGGCUGCUCCCUGGAGCCAAGAUGGUGGAACAGUUUCCUUCAGGAGCUGAGAUGGAGAACCAGCUUCUUUUUGGAGCUAAAAUGGAGAACAGGCUUCUUCCUGGAGCCAAGGUGGAGGACCACUUUCCCUCAGGAGCCAAGAUGGAGAACCAGCUUCUCUUUGGAGCCAAAUUGGAGAACAGGCGUCUUCCUGGAGCCAAGAUGGUGGACCAUGUUUUCUCAGGAGUAAAAACAGAGGAGCAGCUCUUCUUUGGAGCCAAGAUGGAAGACCAGUUCACCUCUGGAGCCAAGAUGGCUGACCAGUGCCUCAGAGCCGUGCUGUGGCAGGACAUGUCGGUGAACCUGGCAUCCACACUGCUGCACCAGCUCUCAGAGCGGGUCAGUAAAUCCAGCAGUCGGCUGGUGGAGAGGACGACUUCGCCCGCCAGGAGCAGUCCUGUUCUGAAGAUGAAUGUGGACCCGCUCCGCUCCUCCCCUCUGCUGAGCGCCCAGCAACCUCCACACGAAACUAAAAGCAGCGCGAGCAGAGAUCAGACCACAGGUGGCUCCUUCUUCUACAGGUGUCACGUGUGCGGCUUCGAGACGGACGGACGAGCUCUUUUCCAGAGUCACAUGACGGAACACCGCCAAUGGGAGCGCGGCUCCUUCUCGCUGCACUGCUGCUUGUGCGACCACUCGACCAAUCAGGAGGCAGAGAUGAGGGCUCACGCCAACACACACAUGCAGGGGAACAUGGGAGCCGGCGCAGAGAUGAGAUGCCCCGUCACCCCUCCCACUGCCGCCGCCGCCUCCAGCAGCACUCCGACAGUUGCCAUGGCAACCCACCCGGAGAAUAGCACCUCUGAGCAUCGCUGCCGCAUCUGCCAGAGGUCGUUUCCAGGGCAACAGGAGCUGCUGGUUCACUUCCAGGGUCAUCGCCAAGGCAACCAGUACCGGUGCGACCGGUGCGGCCACCUGACGCGGACAGCCAACAAGCUGGUGGAGCACGUGCGCGUGCACACGGGCGAGCGGCCGUUCACCUGCGACCUCUGCCCGUACAGCGCCAAGCGGCGGGACAGUCUGCGCCUGCACUGCAAGGUCAAACACCCCGCAGACGUGCACACGCACCGCUCAUACGUGCACGGAGACAAUCAGCGCUCACACAAACACCUGCAGCGGCUGCACACGCCGCCCAACACACACACUGCUGCUCCCUCCUCCUCCUCCUCCUCCUCCUCGCUUCCUCCUCUUCAUCCCGCACUCUCUGACCGGGCAGGAUGGAGGGAGUUAUCUCCUCUACUCCCCAUCACCACGCUCAUCUCUCUGAAGCCACGCUGCCCUUCCUCCUCCUCCUCCUCCUCCUCCUCCUCCUCCUCCACCUCCACCUCCUCCUCCUCAUCUUCCUCCACCAAACACUCCUUCCUCGGUUACCUUGGUCUGACCACCUCUUUGUAAAUGCUUUGUUUCCCUUUGUCUCCUCCUCUCCUCUCCUUCAUCUCUUCUCUCCUCUUUGAUCUUUCCUUUCCUUGUCUCCUCUCGUCAUCUAGUUCACAUGUUUCUCCUCAUUUCAUCUCCUCUCCUUCUCCUCUAUCCUUGCCUCCUCUCUCAUCCUCUUCCCUCCUCUUGUUUUGUCUCACCUUCAUUUCUUCACCUUGAUUCCCCUCCUCGUCCCCUCCUCCCCUCUCCUCCUCCUCUAUCCAUCCUCUGGACUCUUGAUGGAUGUAAAGCUCUGUAAUGUAUCGGGGUACUGUCACUGAACACUGUAUGAGAAUGUCAAUCAGCUCCUGUUAUGCUAACUGCACUGAAACACAGAUACGGAACGUUUUUUGACUUUAUUAGACUUUUUGCAUCAUGCUCGUGAGUUUUGCUGCAUUCCUGCCUGCUUCUAGUCGGUCAUAUAAUCACUGGACUUUAGCUAUUUAACCGUGUGACAUAUUUAUUGCCUGUCUCUCUCGUCCUGCAGAAACCCAGAGCUUAAAAAAAUCCUCCCGCUGCACGUUUUAAAGAAGAAAAGUGAUGUUUAUUGUCGAGAGCCUGUCGAGCUAUUAUAGAGAGAAUCACUGCUGAGUUAUCUUAGUACUGUUGGAUUCACAGUAUAUCUAAGUGCAAUAUCUGACUGAUAAAAGUGAAACAGCAUUGUAAAAUACUAAAAGAUACAAAAACCAUCAAUCGAUUGAUCAUUCAGCUUUAGUUUUCAAAAUGCAGUGAUUUUAUUCAUGUUUCGACGGUCGUGCUAGCAGCUCUGUGAGGCUCACUUAACAGCACUGUGAGCUAAAUGCUAACAUAAGCAUGCUAAUCUUGGAUUUAACAGUUAAAGUCUGGAGACGACGUCGAUGUCGGAGCCUCGUUCACUCCCGUGGAAGCUGCUCAGUGACUUCCACGGUGUCAAAGUACCCAGAUCUUCUGUGUUGUGGAGUCCGUAGAGCCGGCUAACUUCCUGUUUAGCACCCAGCUAACUUGAAUACAGAGGAAAGUAAGACUUUCCAAAUUUGAAUAGCUCCAGUUAUGACAGUGAAACGAGUCAUCUCUCGGGGUUGGACCAUUUUAUAGACGCUUCUUUCAUAACGUUAGCGUCUGAGAAAAAUAUUGGGGCCAUGUGGCUUGAUGCUAACAUGCUUACAGCAAUGAUGCUAACCUGCUGAUGGUUACCAGGUGAUGUUUACUGUGUUCAGCAGCUUGCUUUUAGCAUGUUAGCGUGCUUAACUUGAGCUAAUUAGCAUUUAACGCAAAGUACACAAGAGGCUGAUGGGAAAGUCUCUAGUUUUGCAGAUUAAAUUGGAAUUUAAUUCAAAUAAUUCAGACAAUCUACUAAAAUAGCUUGACUCAUAUUUCAGCCUGGACUGAUUGUUGUUGCCAUGUGUAGCACCACUGCUAGCUGCUAGCUGCUAGCAUGAGUAAAUAAGCUCCAGCUGUCUCUGAUAGACGUUAAAAUUGAGUUUUUCACAGUGAUAUUAAAGCACUUUAUAACCAGGAGAUGCAGACGCCUUCAGGAUGGAGAGAGAGAGGGUUUGUGCCAAACUUUAUCAACAUUUUUACAUUACAUUUGUAUCUUCUAAUAAAAAUAAUUGAUGCUGAAGCUCCAGACAGCUUCACCAGGUUUACAUCUCCUCUGAGAUCAUCUACAGCUUUGAUUUUAAUAAUUUGAAAUCAGUCUAAAGGCUGCAACCAACAUUUUAUCACUUCACCAUUAAAUAGUUAAACAGUUGCUUGUUUUAUUCAACCAACAGUCUGAAACUCCUAAAUAUUUACUAUAUUAUCAUACAAACCAGGAAAUAUUCACAUAUGACAAGCUGGAACUGAUGAAUAACUGAUUAAUUAAUCUUUCACUUCAGCAUCUUUCCACUGCCGUCUCUUCUUGAGGAUUUUUGAAGGCACCAGGUUUCUGGAGGACAGCGAUGAUAUUUCUAAUAUUUGUGUUGUAUAUUGAUAAUGUAUUUGUGUUUACAUAACUACAUGAGACUCCUGAGAGUCUGAAAUGUCUUAAUUUAAAGUUGCACUAUAUGUAGUUUCUAUUAAACAAAAAAAAGUCAAGUCAUUUUAAAAUACGUAAGCCUUUUUUUUAACAUGAAUACUAAACCAGGAAUGUUUCUUUUAUCCAAUACUACAACUGAUUCAGCAGGUCUGAUGUCACUUCCUGUUCUAGUGGGUGGGGCCAAAGUGAAGCAGAGAUGGAAGCUAACUGGCUAAAGCAGCAGUUAACAAACGGGAACAUUUACUUAAAAUAUAAAUCUCAUGGAUAAUUAAUUGCUUGAUUUUUUUUUUCAUGUUUUGUUUUUUUAUUAUCUUUUAUAUCAGAAUGAAAAACACUCUUAAAAGAAGACUAAAGCUAAAGUAGGACACAAAAUGGCCGCCUCACUCUCUCUGAUAUGUAAUUAAGUCAUGUAUUUAUUACUUGAUUGUAUUGUUUGAUUUUAACCGUUAUAUAUAGAGUGUUAUUGGCGACCUAAGAUUAAUUCUUCAAACUGCCAAACUCUUUGCUAACAAUUUAACAUUCAGUUGAAGUGAGCGGAAGAGCUAACAAGUUGGUUAGCUAGCUUCCUUGCUAGCUUGCUAACUGAUGUCAAGCGACGAGGGGCGACUUAAAACAUCAUUUUAAAUGAAGAAUGUACAAUUUGGCAGACAAACAAGUUUAUGCUUUACAAGGACAUAUGAACAAUGCAAGGAAAAAUAAAAACACAAAGUAGAACCUGAACAGAACACAACAUGGCCGCCACUUGUAAUCAAAGUUCUGUAUUUGUUACUCACAUUGCCUGAUUUUACCCGUGAUAUCGAGGCUGUUGUCUGAUUCAUCCAAACUGCCAACAAGCUUCCUCGCUAACAAGCUAAUGUUCAAUUGAAGUGAGUGCAGGAGCUAACAGCUUGGUUUAGCUAGCUUCCUUGCUAGCUAGCAAACCAAAGUCACGCUCAGUCACAACUUCAUAAAACUAAAAUACAAUUUGCACAUUCUAACUAAUAAGGGAAUAAUAAAGACCACGUAUUUUUAUUUAUUUAUCUUUAUUGUGUUCUUUUACUGAAGAUUUAUGUUUUUGUUUUGUUUUUUAUAAUGGUGAUGUUGCACAGAUUAGUCGUCGGAGGUCAACAGGAAGUGAUUUCAACACCGUCCAAACUUAAAGCUGAAGCAGCUCCACCACAGAAACCUGCACAUACGUGUUGCUUUAACAUGAAAUGUAUCUCCAAUCAAUGGUGCUAGACUCUGCAGAGCCUGAGAGCUGCUUUAUAUUUCACUUUAAGUCAUUUUACUAGAAGAAAAGCAUGAAAGACAAAAACCUCUCCAGCUUUUGAAGCUGGUGAUCAUCUCAGUUUGUCUCCCUCUGACGUUAUUUGAUUUAUUCUUUUUUUUUUUUUUUCAUUUCUCUCUGCUGUAUCCUGUUACUGUUUGCUGCUGCAAUGAUCAAUAAAGUUUAAUUUCCUCUGA